UGACUCUAGGGGUGUAGUUUAGGGUUUUGGAAGGUGUUGAGACGUGGAGAAAUCUCACUAUGCUUUCCAGCGAGUGUUCAAAGAGGAUAUUGUGUAUUUCUUUUGUGUUUUAGGGUGUUUGUUGCAUGCGAUGCCGCCUGAAUGAGGUUUGAUCGGAAGGGCUGAAGAGCAGAAGCAGUCAUGGACGGAGCUUGGGCUGUUAUUCUCAUAUCUCUCGCUAUGUUCGUGGGAUGUUUCGUGCUCGGGAUAAUUCCACUGUUGAUCAAUUUAUCAGAGCAGAAACUGCAGCUGGUUACUGUACUUGGGGCGGGGCUUCUGUGUGGCACUGCUCUGUCAAUCAUCAUCCCAGAGGGGGUGGAGCUAAUGCAGGAGUCAUGGAAAGACCGGUAUUGCACCGCUAUAGGAGAGAAUCAAAAUAUCUCUAUAAUAAAUUCAACAUUUCAUCUGGCCGCAAAGAAAGGUCUGCGUCCUCAGUUUUUCAUUGGAGUCUCUCUCGUCUUGGGCUUUACGCUCAUGUUUGUGGUGGACCAGAUUGCCAACUACUGCUCUAUGCAAGAGCCCCGAGCGCGCAUGUACAGUGGCAACAGUGUUACUGCCACCCUGGGUCUGCUGAUUCACGCCGCAGCUGAUGGUGUUGCUCUGGGUGCAGCUGCGGCCUCAUCACAGGUGUCCGUGCAGGUUGUCGUGUUUUUUGCUGUCAUUUUGCAUAAGGCUCCAGCAGCAUUUGGUCUUGUGUCUUUCCUCAUGCAUGCAGGUCUGGAGAGGAAGACUAUUCAGAAGCAUUUACUGGCAUUUUCUGCUGCUGCGCCACUGAUGGCUAUCAGCACCUACUUCAUCCUGAGUGCAUCUAAUGGCUCUUCUCAGAAGCGCCUGAGCACUACAGGCAUUGGCAUGCUGUUCUCUGCUGGGACUUUCUUAUAUGUGGCCACGGUUCAUGUUCUGCCAGAAAUCAACAGCAGAGGGCUUCAGCGCUCCACUCACCCUCACCAUCACACAGGAACCGGAGCCCACCAGCAGCAGAGCAGUCUGAGCAUCACAGAGAGUCUGACUCUCAUCCUGGGGACUGCACUUCCUGUUCUGCUGGCUCUCGGACUGCCAGACGAUUAAUCUGUUAAAACAAUCCAACAACCAAACGUGACAGCGAUGUGUAAUAUUUCAUUUUAAAAUGUUUGUAUUUGUAUCAUUUGAGAAUGCUCUUUGAGACUUUUAUGUUUUGUCA